CUUUGAUUAGUUUGUUGGUUUGGGAUAAUAAUAACAAUCUCUCAUUGCCAUCUUUCUGAAGAUCAAGUAACGCCAUUAUGUAAAUAACUGUCAGCUAACAUAUAAGAUAAAACUCAGUGGAAAAAACACAGUUAUUGAGUAAUUCCGCGUACAUAGAACUUUAGCUCAGCAACUUGUAACAGUAACGGGUCUCGUCUCUAAGAUUGGAUGCUUUAGAAUUGCAACUCUCAUUUUAUCAAGUCUGCAGCACCGGUUAAAGUUCAAGUAUGUGAAUAGUUCAAGAUGGCUACCAGUGAAUUGAAUCAGUUUCUGGAAACUGUUGAUGAGAAGGUCCUGGAGUGUACUAUUUGCUUUAAGAGACUUCAGAACCCUAAAUCCCUCAACUGCUCCCAUAGUUUCUGUUUGGCAUGUCUGGAAGACUGGGUUAAGGUAAAGGGUAAGUUAACAUGUCCAACCUGCUCAAGUUCAUAUGCCAUUCCCGAGGGCGGACUUAAGAAGCUUCCACCAAAUACAUUUGUGAAUAACUUAUUGGAAACUAUUGAACACAUUUCCAAAAGAGAUCAGAUGAAAUGCGUUUGUGCUAAAGGGCAGGCAAAAUACUACUGCCAGGAAUGCAGACAUUACUUGUGCUCUACUUGUAGUAACCAUCACAAAAUACUUCCUCUGUUAGCAAAUCACAAGCUGCAUACAGUGGAGGAUGUGCGAUCUAUGACUCCACAAGACUUUGCUGCUUUACAUCCACCGCUGUGUUCGGUUCAUAACAAACCUUUCGAGUUUUACUGCGCAGAUUGUAAAACUCCAAUCUGUAUAAAUUGUACAGUUAUGGAUCACAAGGAGCAGGAAGGAAAGCACAAACCAAUUAAUAUUUCAGAAGCAUUCCAAUCAUUUAAAGAAACGUCUAAAAAAUUGGAGGAAGCUGCUUAUAAAUGUGAAAACCAAUUGCAAGAUGGGUUAAAGGCUGUCAUUCAGUAUGCUACGAACUUAGAAAAAAGUAAAGAUACAAGUUUGAGAGAUAUUGAUAAUCAUGUGCAAGUAAUGGUCAAGAAAAUGAAGGAGAAUGGAGACAAAAUGAAAAAUGAGGUAGAGACAAUCUAUAAAGAGAAAAAGAAGGCAGUUGAUGUACAAAUUAGUGAAUUGAAGACAACAAUAUCUGAUUUAAAUAAAAAAAUUAGUUUGCUUAAUCAGUUAUUGAAGAGUGAUGAAGCAACAGCCCUGCAAUCAAGUGAAACAGUAAUUACAGCAAUGAAUGACAGAAUAAAAAAACUGCCAAAAACAAAGCCAAGGGAUAACACAGAAAUUAAAUUUCAAAUAAAUGAGCCUCAAAUUGCUUCAUUACAACAAUGCAAUAAUAUUAUUGGAAAUGUUACACUAUUUGUGAGGGCAGCAGACUGUUUACAGUUACAAGGAAUGGAAUCUGUAACCCAAGAUCAAACAAUUGUUGUCAAAAUAAUAAAAACAGAUGAAUGUGAAAUACAGGCAAAUCAACUGAAGGCAACAUGGACACAGCCUACAGGAGAAACCUCCAACACUGAAGUUGAUGAAGAUGACAAUGGAGAUUAUUUUGUGACAGGUAAAUGUACAAGUCCUGGUAUUUGCAAACUAGAUGUGACUGCUGAUUGCGAACCAAUUAAGCAGUCACCGGUGACAAUCAAUGUAGAGAAGGAAGGAAUAGUAAAUACCAUUAAAAUAAACACAUAUGUUAUUAAAGAUAUAGUUAAGUGUGAAGAUGAUUGCUUACUGGUUUCAUGUCAAACAAAUAAAAUGCUGAAGUACAAGCAAUCAGGAGAAUGUAUUGGUAAUGUUACACUACCAGCAGGUGUGGAAGUUUACAAUAUGUACAAAAUGAAAAAUGGUAACAUAGCAUUCAAUAACUGGGGAAACAAAUGCAUCACAAUAUGUAAUAUGAAUGGCCAAGUGAUUAAAUUCAUUAAUAAGGUGGAAUUGAAUGAACCAUUUGGUAUUCAUGUGGAUGAGGCAUCAAAUAUUGUGUAUGUAGGACUUAGGUCAAAUGUGUUGCUAUUCAACAUUGACAGCGGACAAAAGAUCAGGAGCAUAGGGACUAAUGACGAUCAAGAAGGCCAAAUCAAUGGAGUUAGUGAUUUUUCUCUUACUAAUCAAAGAAAUAUUAUUAUAUUGGAUUUUCACAACAACAGAGUACAACUAUUUGAUAAUGAGGGACGGUUCAUGAAAGUCCUUGUCAAAGCAGGUGAUGAGAAUGGGAAGGUGAUAAAACCACGUGGAGUAGUAGUUGAUCAGGAUGACAACAUUAUUAUAUCAAGUGACCACAAAAUACAGCUGUUCAGUAGUGAUGGAAAUUUCAUUAAAAGAAUUGAUAAACAAGAAGAUGGAAUUGAAACUCCACUUGGAUUAUCAGUCAUUUCAUAUUACCCACGAAGAGUUGCAGUAGCAAACCAAGGUGACAAAACAAUAAAAAUAUUUAAUUAUUAAAAUAUAAUAUGUUGCCCUCGAUUGUUUUGUUGUCAAGGGGUGCACUUGAUGUAUUCUGCCCCUCUAAAAUCAAUAAAUAUAUACAAUUUCAUAUUCUAAUGUCAUUGUAUUGUAAUUAAUAAAGAAUUUGUAACAAUACCUGUUUAUCUUUUUAUGUUAUCAUGCAUGUUUUUUACAUUUUGUACUGUGUACAAGACAAUUUUCAAUGUUACCUUAGUGUAUGAUUGAUGAUAAAAUUAAUUUUUGACUUUGACAAUAAAAUACAAGAAAUUAAAAGGAUAAUUUUAAAUGCAAAUAAAUGCAAAAUCUACAUAAAUGUAAUUGAAACAACAGAUCUUGUAUACUGUACUGCUUAAUGAUUUAAUUUUACAUUGUCUUUAAUAAACAAACAGCCUAUUUCUAAAUCACUGGGGUUUCUGCAGACGAUGUGAUGCACCUAGCAGUAGUUUUAGCCUAGCCAAUAGAUAUUGAAUUACAGCAUGGAUGUUUUUGCGAUAUACAGCACUACCAAAUUACACUAAAGUCUCACCCCUCUCUUAAUAUCCUUA